UAUAAAUCAUGUUUUAAGACUGAAUUUUUGAAAAUGUGUCCAUUUCUAUAAAAUGGCAGCUCCAACGAAUAAUAGAUUAUCUGAUGAAGAACUGUUAAGAUUACCUCCUCAAGAACUUGUGCGUAAAUUACGCAGAGCUGAAUCAGAAAACAUCAAACUUAUGAUGAGUCAUGGGGCUUUAAUAAAAGAUGUUAAUCAGCGUAUGCAAGUUCAUUUGCAUGAAAUUCGCAGCCUUAAAGAUGCAAAUCAAAGAUUUCAAGAUGACAAUCAAGAGCUUAGAGAUUUAUGUUGCUUCUUGGACGAUGACAGGCAGAAAUGUCGCAAGCUUGCUAGAGAAUGGCAGAGGUUCGGCCGCUACACAGCUAGUGUCAUGCGACAAGAAGUAGCAGCAUAUCAAAACAAGCUUCAAGAACUUGAAAAUAAACAACAGGAACUCAUUCGUGAUAAUUUGGAGUUGAAAGAGCUGUGCCUUUACCUGGAUGAUGAAAGAAAUAGGGGAACCUGCAGCCAGUGUGGAGGGCCCUUAAACUGCCGGCGUGAUGAUGGGGAUGGCAGCAGUUCUUCAACAAAUAAUGAAGAGCUUGGCUUGCUAGCACCUGUACACUCUUUUUCUCCACAUCGAGUAACACACAGCAUUGAUGACUCCAUACAGAGGCAUCGUUCCGUUGUCAAUGCACAAGUUUUACAAUAUAUCAGAAAUUUGGAAAAGAAAAUCCAAGAAUUAGAAGAGGAAAAACUUGGAUUUAGACAAAUGAAAAAUAAAGUAAGUCACAACUUCUAUGGAAAGGCUAAUUGGGCAGAUAGUACAUCAAGGGAUCAUCAUAAGAUGAGCAAUGACAAUAUGUCAAUCUCAAAGCCAGAAGCUGUUGUCCAUGCCAUGAAAGUUUUAGAAGUUCAUGAACAAAUGGAAAAAAGCUUGGAAAGUGAUCUUGAAUCUGAAGAAUUGGCUGAGGGUGAAAAAGCUUUAGUGAGAGAAAUGUGUAAUGUCGCAUGGCGGAAGCUUGAAGAUGGGCCAACCUAAACCAUCAUGUAUAUACCAUGUGUCAAACAGCAUUUCAAGUCGCAUACAGUAGUGCAUCAUAUACAGCCCAGUCAGCAAUUGCUAAUUGAAGGCAUUUGUAAAACUAAUUAUUUACUGAAAAAUCAGUUUAAUGAGAGAAACACUAGUGGAGCUUCUAACAUAAUCAUGAAAAUUGCUAACUGGAACACUUUAAGCUAACCUUUGGAUUGAUUAGUAGUUGGAUUAUCGAUGCUCCACUAUAUUGGUAAAAAAAUUCUCUCUCAAGAGCAAUCUAUUUUUUUAUCUAUAUGUAUUUUAAUUCAUUUUUGAAUGAUAUACUUGUACCUCAAUCGUAGGAGCUAUAUAUUUUACCUCUUCCAUAUUAGUGAAUAUAAUGUAUUGGAAGAAAAAAUAUUUGUAUAAACUCAUACUAUACUAUUGUAUAUUAUAGAAGUUUGGCUUUUUUGUUCUUUGUACAUGAGUUCAUGCUUUAUUUGUGAAACUGUCAUUAUGAAUGUCAUUAAUGCAUUUGUGUACAUUACGGUAUAUUUAAAAAAGCCACCAAAAAUGAUACUUGAACUGAUAAUGUGUCACAUU